AGUAUUAUCACUGACCACAGAAGUUUAGGAGUUUAAGACAAGGUUGAUUAGUAUUAAAUUUACACCUUGAUUAUGGAAUAAUAUUGAUUAAUAUUUAAUAUUAACUUUUAAGUACCUAGGAAUUAAGAUUAACUAAUAAGUAAAAAUUCUGUUUUAAUUCAUAUUUUAUAGUGAUUUUUGUUUAAAAUAAAUGAAAAUAAUCAAAGAUGGGAAACACAUCAAGCUUAAAGAACCAUGUUGAAACAUCCAGAAAAACGGGUGUGUUAAAUUUAUCGGAUAGUCAUCUGAAACAGUAUCCAGAUUCCAUUGACGUGCUUCAUCCUUUUUUAAGAAAUUUGGAAUUGUCUAAAAACAAGUUAAAAAUAUUACCAAAAUCUAUUGGUCAAUUCAAAGAACUAAAGAUACUUAAUGUCAGCAACAACUUGUUAGAAAAUCUACCUGAAGAAAUAAACUGCUUGUCAAAGAUUGAAACAUUACAGGUGAAUUGUAAUUUAUUAAAGUCAUUACCUCCAAUGAAUAAUUUGAUGUUUCUAAAACGUGCCUCGUUCGGAGACAAUCAGCUCAGUAUAUUCCCAGAAUUUUUGUGCGAAUUAAAACAUCUAGAAGCAUUGGAUUUAUCUAAGAAUAACAUCACUCAAUUACCUGAACUUAUUAAACAGUCCAGACUGGUUGAACUAAACCUCAAUCAAAAUCAAAUUAGAAAAUUGCCAUCUGGUUUAGCACAAUGCCCCAGGUUGAAGACUUUGCGUGUAGAAGAAAAUUGUCUUGAACUGGAUGAUAUUCCAAAAGAAUUAUUAACAUCAUCUAAAGUGUCGUUGUUAUGUGUUGAAGGGAAUUUAUUUGAUAUGAAAUCUUUAUUAGCUUUAGAAGAGUAUAGCACAUACAUGACAAGAUAUACAGAAGUCAAAAAAAAAAUGUUUUAAGCUAAUUUUCUAAUUUGUUAUUGAUUUUCUAUUUGUAUAUUAUUGAGUACCUAUAUACAUUACCUAAAUCAUUAUGCAAAGUAAUUUUACUAUUAAUUAUUCUAUAAUUAAUUUUUUACUUGCUUUUUGUUAUUUUAUCUUCACAGUCACAUAACAUUAAGCACAUCGUUCAUAAAGUAUCUUAUGGUAAUUUUUUUAAAAUUCAAAUCACUUCAACAGUUAUGCUGACAGAGCCACUGUUACUUUAAAGGCAGGUUGUGCAUAAUGUCUAAA